AUGGUGGAUGAAAAGUCUGUGGAAACUCAAAGCCACGAAAUUCAGAAAAUUGCUCAUGAAAUCAUAACUGAAGGUAUGCCUCUGAAUGAACAAUUUCAAAUUGCUGUUAUUAUUGACAAACUGCCCCCUGUUAUUAUUGGAACAUAUUUUCUUGUAUUUGCAGGUUGUGGUGUUGUAGCAGUGGACAAAAUCUAUGGCUCCGUAACAUUUCCAGGUAUAUGCAUCACUUGGGGUUUGGUUGUAACAGUCAUGUGUUACUCAGUUGGUCAUAUCUCCGGAGGACUCUUCAACCCUGCGGUUACCAUAACUUGGGCCAUCUUUCGCCGAAUCAGAAUCAUAGAAGCUCCACUUUACAUUGCUGCUGAGUUACUCGGUUCAACACUUGCGAGUUUAACACUGUCUUUAAUGUUUGAUAUUACGCCAAAAUCAUUUUUCGGAACUGUGCCAGUUGGAUCGAGUGGUCAAUCUUUAGCUAUGGAGUUCAUUAUCAGUUUUCUGUUAAUGUUUGUUAUUUCAGCUGUUACUACGGAUGAUCGAGCAGUGGAUGAUUCGGCGAGUAUUGCAGUUGGAAUGACGAUAACGUUGAAUCUAUUUAUAGCAGGACCUGUUUCGGGUGCAUCGAUGAAUCCAGCGAGAAGUAUUGGACCUGCAAUUGUGAUACAUAUUUACAAAGGUUUAUGGAUAUAUGUAGUUGGUCCAAUUAUUGGAGCUGUAGCUGGAGCACUUGCUUAUAACUUUCUUAGAUCGGUAUACAAACCGAGAGCAGAAAUAGCAGCAGAAACGACUUCUACGGGAUUAACAAAGGACAAUCCAAAUUCAGAAUUAAUACCAGAAGAACCAUUGAGGAGCAUAAGUAUUAGUUGA